ACACACACAUACAUACGUAUUUGUAUGUAUAUUCUUACACACAUCGCACCAAUCUAUGUGUAUGUAGAUUUUAUUCAUUGAUUCAAACAAGCUUUGUAGGUAAUGAAAAGGAAUGUUAUUCAAGUAAGGAUCACAGAAAUCUUCCUUUUCUCUCUGCCCUCCUUUUGAUCGUCCCCCGCCACAAAAAUUAGCCUCCCCCCGUUUCUUCUUUCCUUCCUUAUUUCAUUCAUUGAGUUUCUCGAACGACGGGAGCGGAAGAAUCUGUUCAUUGUAGCUUUUGCCUCAACCAUAAAAGCUAUCCUUGGAAACAAUACAUUUCCGUGGGCUUACCCAUCACUGCUUGCUUUCCAUUUUGCCAGUCUCCCAUUCAGUCGGAUCUAUGGAGCAAUACUAGCAGCGACAUGGGAGAUGAGAAUAAUGUAUGGAGACCCUCCAAAGAGAAGUACGGUGUAGCUGUUUGUAAUUUUUCUGGUGAUGUGAAACAUGGCUUACCAUUAUCAACUGGAGACACUGUCCAUAUUCUGGAAGUUUACAGCAAAAAUGAACCAAUUUGGUACCGUGGCUGCUCUCUCAAAGUCAAAAAUAAAGUGGGCAUCUUCCCUGCUGCAUUUAUAUGCACAAAGCAAUGUAAAGUGGAUAAUGAAGGUCCGUAUGAAUCUAUCACCCCUAUUGAGGACCAGACAGCUUUGGAGGUCUCCUAUGUACUCAGGGAAUGGAGUGUAUUAUGGAAGGAAGCCUUUGUGAUGAAUAUUUAUAGUUGUAAUACACAACUGCAUGUACCUAAAAGAAGGAAAAGCAUUUUUUAUGUAUCUGAUUCGCGCUUAUUCCAGGAUCAAAAAGGAAUGUGGUACAGUCUUCACAAUAUCAUGAUGGAUUUAAUCGCCAUGCGACGUACCUUACUGGCAGAUACUCAAACCCAGGAUAAUUGUCAAGAACUGAAAAUGAAGAUUACUCGUAAAAUUGACUGGGGAAACAAAACACUCUCCUUAGAUUUGGUACCUCGUUUAAAUGGAGAACAGGUGGAUGCUGAUAAAAUCAGUAUUGUUCAACUCUAUUGGAUUCACAAGGAAAGUGAUACUUCCUUACGAGAUACCAAAACAUCAAAAUAUGAUAGAGAGAGCAAUGAUGGCAGAAUGCUUAAUAUUGCCAACAUUCUUGUCAACUUCAAGAGCUUUCCUUCUAGUCUAAGUGAAGAUAAAGAACUCUAUUUUUCCAUCUAUGAUGCAAGUGAAUUGAAAUUCAUCAGUGAACGUUUUCUUGUUUCAAUUAAUGAUCAAGGAAUGACUCAACCCAUUGAAAAACUGAACAACUGCUAUGGUCUAUUUUUGGAUCUUCCAUUGGAGAAAGACUUAUGGCUUGUCGUACAAAUCUACAGAAUUGGUAAAAUGCUAACCAGUGACACAAGCAAAAAAAGUAGCAGCAACAAGAAGUUUCGCAGACCGUAUGGAGCGGCAGUUUGUUCCUUGAAGGAAAUCAACCAAGCCAAGUUUAGUCACGAUGAAACUGAAGUGACGCUGAAGGUAACAAGUGUAGAUAAAGAGGAAUUAUUUCACAACUUACAUGACAAUAUUAUAAGGAGGGCCUUACAACGGAUACCAACAUCAGAAAAAAAUCUCUCAGGGAUCCACAAUUUGCUAAGUUCUGAUUCAUACUUCCCUAAUUUGAGGAAUCGCAGUUUUAAAAAUUCAGACCAAAGCCAAGGAAAGAUACCCUUUGCUGGGCUUAUUUCCAAGCAACGUCUAUAUAUUGGUCUGCAGCUGUUAUUUGGUGAUCUUCCCUUCCUCAAAUCUACCAACCCAAUACCUUUCAAUAAAGGUGCGGCAUUAGUCCAGCAGUGCAGUUUCCCAGAGUCUUUAUUGCCAGGUGAUGUACGGAAUGAUCUGUAUAUAGUUUUGUCCCAUGGAGAGUUCGAGCGAGGCAAUAAGACAUCGGCAAAGAAUGUAGAAGUGACAAUGAAUGCUUUUGAUAGCAUCGGAGAAUUAAUUCCUGAUUGUAUUUAUCGAGGUAUUGGUGAACCACCAUCUUCAUAUUAUCAUUCCACCGUUUUCUAUCACUCCAAUAACCCAAAAUGGAAGGAAACAGUCAAGUUUACUUUACCCAUAGAGAAGUUCACUGGUGCACACAUCCGACUGGAACUGCGGCAUUGUUCAACAAGUGACAAAAAACAAGGGGAGAAUUUGCUCGGGUUUUCUUUCAUCAAAAUUACCAAUCAAGACAUAACACUUACAGAUGCCACCCACACUUUGUGUAUUUAUAAAUGUGAUACCCUUGUAAAUUUAACCUGCAUGGAUUAUUUAAAUCUCCCACAAAGUCCUUCGGAAACCUCUCUUUCAUCUGUGUCAGCCAUCUACCAACGGAAUUCCAGAGACACUUUGACCAUCAGUUCCUGCCUUUGUUCCACAAAGUUUACACAAAACAAAGAUCUCCUUGAUAUAUUGCAAUGGCGAAUGAAAACUGACAAAAUUGAACAAAGUUUGGAGAAGCUGAUGAGUAUUAAUGGAAGAGAUAUUGUCAGGUAUUUACAUGACAUCUUGGAUGCUUUGUUUGACAUGUUCUGUACAGAAUAUUUGGAAAAAUAUAAUCAAGUUGUAUUUGAUGCCUUGGUCCAUGUUUUUUAUUUGUUAACAAACCGUACAUUCAAGCAAUAUGUUCCUGGCUUCCAGUCAUAUCUCACUGACACUUUUUCCUCAUCUUUAGUGUACAGACAUCUUCUGCUCUGUUUGAAAGCGAAUCUUGAUAAAAUCAUCAAUGGCAGUCAAGACAGAAUAUUAAAAGAGAUGUUAAAGGUGUUUAAUUACUUGUUCCAGUUUAUUGUCCAGUCCAAACUGUUAUUCAACAGAGCAUACACUGUUGAAAGAUCUGAUGAAUUCCCUCAACUCAUAUAUUUAGUUUUCGAAAAAAUGGGGUACCUUGUAUCGUUAAAUCAAGAUAACUUGUCAAGUUGUCAGAUCUUACUGCUGAGCAACAUCCCCAACACUUAUAAUUCCCUGUUAAAACUGCUGAGUAAGAAAGAUGUGACAAUAUAUGUUGUCAACAUCAUCAAUUUUAUGCCGAAAGAGCUCUCAGAGUCCCUGUUUAGCAAGAAAUUAGAGUUCCUUCACGAAACUCUCAAAAGUGAACUAGUCACUGAUAGAGAUUCUCGAAUGAUGCUGCUGCCUCUCUGUAUGUCUCAAAUCAAACGCUGUUUCAUUGGGAAGCAAUUAUAUUCCCUGGCUACAACCAUUUUGGGUGAUAUCCUUUGCUUCCUCCAUUCACUAAAAUUAAAAGAUCCUGACUCUGUGUCUGAAGAGAUCCGUAUUGUUAUAACUUCAAUUUUUCAAGUAGUGUUAAGAGCUAUUGAUGUUUAUGAUAUUUCCCGUGCUGUUGUUAGCUGUUUUGUUGAAAUGUUGAGAAUCAUGGAUGAUGAUCACUAUACUGCCUUAUUUGAAGCUUAUGCUCAAGGAAUUCCUCUAAGGGAAUUUCUAAACCUGGUCUUAGUUACAUUUCAUAAUUUAAUCAAUUUUGACACUUUCCCCUGUGAUUGGUCUGUCAUGCGAAUGGUUAUGAACAAUGUCAUAUUGACUUCAAUUCACUAUUUUGCUCGUGCUCUGUCUGACAACUUCUUACUGGACACCAACUUUGAAUACCAACUCUGGAACAAUUACUUCCACCUGGCUGUUAGCUUUAUAAUUCAACCAAGUCUUCAACUAGAGAAUUUUUCAAUAGCCAAAAGUCAGAAGAUAAAGGAAAGGUACCAAGAUAUGCGAGUUUUGCUUGGAUUUCAAGUUCAAACACUCUGGCAGGACCUUGAUGACUAUAAGUUCCAUUUCAUUCCAUAUUUGGUUGGACCAUUCCUGGAAGUGACUCUUGUACCAGACAAGGAAUUACGCAAGGCAACUUUGCCUAUUUUAUUUGAUAUGAUGGAGUGUGAGAUGAAACUUAGCAAAAGUUUUACGAAGGUGGAAAAAGAGAUGUUUGAGAAAUUGGACCUAUUUAUUACCAAUAAUAAAGGGGAUGCAGAAUACAAAGAACUUUUCCAUGAUAUACUUAUGGAAAAGGUCCAAGCGGAGCCUAGUCUCCAGCAAUCCGGAUCCCAGUUCAUCUUGUCUAUAUCGAACCUGAUGGAAAAACUGCUGGAUUAUAGGAAGUACAUUGACAAAGAGGAUAACAAAGAUAAACGAAUGCAUUGUACCUAUAAUAUUCUUAAUUUUUACAAGACUGAGGUGAACAAGGAAGAGCUUUAUAUUCGAUAUAUUCACAAGUUAUAUGAACUGCAUCUGAACACAGAUAGUUUUGUGGAGGCUGGACUCACACUCCAGCUCUACUCAAGUUUACUGGAAUGGACAGAGAGCCCACUACCAACUGAGAUGAAUUACCACUCAGAGCUCCAGUGUGAUCGCAAAGAGAGACUCUACUUGGACAUCAUUGAUUGUUUUGAUAAGGGGAAGGCCUGGGAAUAUGGAAUUCCACUCUGUAAAGAACUGGCAUGUCACUAUGAAACUAAACUGUAUGAUUACAGAAAACUCAGUGAGAUUUUGCAAAAAGAAGCCAAGUUCUUUGAGAAUAUCUUGGAUGGUCAAUUUUUAAGGCAGGACCCUUCAUAUUACCGUGUUGCCUACUUCGGACAAACAUUCCCAAAAUUCCUGAGGAACAAAGUAUUUAUUUAUCGUGGUGAUGAAUACCUCAAGUUACAAAUGAUUAUGAGUCACUUAACAACUGAAUUCCCAAAUGCAACUAUACUCAUCCACAACAAUCCUCCUGAUGACACUAUGAAACAAGGGGAUCAACAAUACAUCCAAAUCAGUUGUGUGAAACCUUUCAAGGUAGAUCAAGGAGAGCUGAGUAAUCCUUCUAUCCCUCGGGAAGUGAAGUCUUUCUAUCAAGUCAACGAAGUGGACACGUUUCUCUAUGAUCGACCAUACCACAGAGGAGAAAAAGAUAAAAAUAAUGAGUUUAAAACUCUCUGUAUAGAGCGAUCUAUAAUCAAGACUGUUGAAAAAUUGCCUGGGAUUCUCCGCUGGUAUGAAGUGGAGAGCAUCGAUGUUGAAAACCUAACUCCAAUUGAAGGUGCAAUUGACCUGAUGAAGCAGGUGACCAAAGAUUUGAUAAUCCAAAUAGAGAAAUGUCAGAUCAAACCUACCACCGAGCUUACUUUGCUGUCUAUGAAACUCAGGGGAACUAUCAAUGCUACUGUGAAUGGAGGCAUAGCCAAAUAUCAAGAGGCAUUUUUUACUCAAGAAUUUGCUGCCAAAUACCCAGAUGAAUUAAAGCAUUUAGAAGAAUUAAAAGCUGUCAUGCUACGCCAACUUAAAGUUCUUGAAAAUGGUCUAACUUUACAUGGGAACCAUGUCACUGACGCUAUUUUGCCUUUACAUAAAACAAUGGAAGAAAAUUUAGUUAUUUUGAACAAAAAUAUUAAACACACGAUUACUGGCUCGCCAUCUUUUGGUAGAAUGCAUCAAACACCUUCAAACCGUUUAGAUUUGUUUGAUGAUCGACCAAGUACCCCCAGCACAGGAUCCAUUCACUCAAACAGCAGCAAUCGGUCUUCUACUUUGUCAGCUGACACUGGGUUCCAUGAUGAAGACAACUCCUUCAAUAUAUAUUCAGAAAUGAAAGAGAAAACUGUUGCCAAAUCUCAUUCGCAUGUCAGCCUGUCUGUGACCUUACCUGGAUACUACAAGGAAUCUGAGUUGCCAACUUUGCCUGAUAAACAGCGCUCUUUGAAACUGCCAGUGCCGUUACCACCACAGCUCCCUAAAAGGAGUCGACCACAUUCAUUUGUUGCUACUGGAUCCUCACUAAUCCAGUUUAAGAAACCAGUAGAACCUUCCAAAACCCCUUCACCUUCACCUGGUGCAGUCUCAUUACCUACCACACCUUUAGAUCAAAAGACCAGUGGAAGAAGAGUAUCAGAAUCUGAGUUUCAACAUAGGCUUUCUCCACCACCUUUACCUCAUCGUCAGCCAAUUGCUGAAGAUUCUAAACUGAAAGCCAGCCCCAAUGGUCCUUCAUUACAGACACCACCUGUUGUUCCUCCAAAAACACCAAAGGUAAUUGACAUGUCCAAAAUUACCGCUCCACCACCACUCCCACCUCGCAAAACAAUUCCCACCACACCUAUCACUCCAGAAGUACCAUCCUCCGAGUACAGAUUUGACAAAGCACCACCUUUACCACGCCGAUUGAACAACAUUUAGACAAACUGGCAGAGAUGAGGGGAAAAAAAAUUAAUUCUGCAUGUGUGUAUAAUGUAUAUAUGAAGACUGUUUGUGUGUGUGUGUGUGUGUGUAUAUGCCCAUAAACAAUGAACAGGUGAUUGAAGGAAAAAUGUAUAAUUAAGACUAACUUGAUGUAUAUUGUUGAUUUGCCAAGCAACAGUGGACCAAACUUUUGUGGGGAGGGGCGCCUGCUACAUUGAAAUGCAGAACUGUCAGAUUAUUUGCAAAGGUUGUGACCAGAUUUGGUGGUUCAGACACUCGUCGCAUUCACUCACAUGAUGCAUACAUUUGCUGCUACAUGGGCAGGCCAUACGCACAUUCCUAUAAACACAACAUGCACACACACACACACACAUAUAUGCUUUCAAGGAUUUAUUGAAUACUAAUCAAUCAAUCAGAUUUCUCUAUUUAAAAAUCGCCAAUCAAUCAAUGAAUCAAUCAAAGAUACCAGACCAAAUCCAGAAUAUUCUAACACUCUCCACAGGUGCUACAAAAAUUGUAUUAUAUUAUAAUAAUGAUGAUGAUGAUGAAAAUAUGGAUCCUUUCUUUCUACUAUACUCUCUCUCUCUCCUUUUAUACAGGUGUGUGUGUGUGUGUUUAUGUGUGUAUGCAGGUGGGAUCUAGAACACGUUGGAAUAUAUAUCCUAGAUAUCAAAUCUCAAAAAUUCUUUCAGGAGGUUAGGGUAUUUUUGUAAAAUGGCCAUUUCUUCUAUUUUAUCAUAUAAACAUUGACUGAGAAUUAGAGUUGUCUCCUGUAUAAGGCUAGUUGUGGAAAAACUGUUUUAAAAUGUAGGCCUUGAAACCCUCAUUAUGCAUCACAAAUACACACUUACUCUCUCACACACACACACACAUAGACCUAUUCCUACAUUGGAUUCUAAACUCUUCCACUAUGUGUUUGUGUAUAUAUAUAGUCGUCAUCAUUAUACUUUAAUAUCUAGUUUUCCAUGCUUACAUGGGUCAGUGCAUGGGAAAAAUGGAUGUCAAAUGAUGAUAUAUAUAUAUAUAUAUAACACACACACACACACACUGAUUUUUCUGUACAAAAAUGUUGUGUAUUACACACACACACACACACACACCUCAUAAUGGACCAUGCUGUUUCAGAGCAGUUGAUAAUCUGAACUCAAAAAUUUCUCUUCCCAAAAAAAUGCUGGUUAUAAAAAGAUUUUUUUAAAACUAUUUUCCAAUGAAAAUCACUGGACAGGAAAAUAUUGUUUUGAGACAAACAAAAAAGAAAGAAACAAGAAGCAAAACUUCCACAGUUUUUUUUUUAAAAAACAGAAAGAAAAGAUAAAAAAGAGAAAUGCCUUCCUUUUAUGCAAUUUUAAGGGGUUUAUAAUUUCCUUUAUAUUUUUUUUUUAAAUCCAAAUGAAAAAUUUUGUUUAAACCUUUAUAGAAUUUCAUGUAAGCACAGUGCUGGACACAUACAUACAUCAAUACAUAAAAAACACAAAAAAUCA